AUGUCUCUCUCAACAGGCGGUCUGGUGGCCAUAGUCGUGGUCGUGGUCGUCGCCACCAUCGUUGGUGUGACGACUGCUACCCUCUUCUUCAUCGCCAAGAAACGAGAGUGGACGAUGAGAGAGACGCUCCGAAGAUCGGCCAAGAAGGUCGUUGCUGCAAUCACGCCGCGGCGAUCGGAGUUUCCAGACUCUGUGAAGGGGUCGACGGGGUCAACCCGACGUGGGCGAGCAAAGCGUGCCGACAGUGUGCCGCCCACGCCGCGCCUCCGACCAGAAGACCUCGAGAAAGGUCUGGCUCAAUCAACAGCCGCAAAAAAGUCCCGACGAUGA